GAGUGCAGCGUGAGCCUCCUGCUCUUCAGCCGCCUCAGAAACGCCGCUGCCCUGAGGAAAAAAGCCAUGGAAGGGGCCAUUGAAGGAGCGUUAAUAAACCCGUCGAUGAUUGUAGAUCCUUUUCAAGUUCUUGUAGCAGCUAACAAAGCAGUUCACCUACACAAGAUAGGUAAAAUGAAGACCAGAACUCUCUAUGCAGAAAUUAUUUUCAGCCUCUCGCCAAACAACAAUAUUUCAGAUGCAUUUAAGAAGUUUGGCAUUUCAGACAGUGACACAGCAGUACUCAUUGUUCUGGUUGCGGAUGGAGAAAAAACUGUAAAUCUGAAAGAUAUAACAUCUCAAGUAGAAGGCCAACAGGUGUCUCUAGAUGAACUCCCCCAACUAACAGACACUGCCAAAGUUAAAAAGCUAUACAAAGUUACUCCACAGGAAGAAAAAAUUGGCACCUUAUUGGAUAGUGUCGUUUGCAGAAUGUCAGCAAAAGAUGUUUUAUGAAAAUGAGGAAAUAAAAUUCUUUUAAGGAA